AUGCACAUAAUAAUUUGUGAUGUUCCAUCAUCAUCGGUGUCUCAGCCGAAGAAUGUGAUUGAGGCUAAGAAGCAAGCUACAAGGGGCUUGCUCUGCGAAAAGAAGAAAGAUAGGGCCUUACUAGCAUUGAAAAAGAAGAAACUGGUCAUUGAAGGAUUGACUUUUCGAGGAGAAGGCCUUGAUUCAAUCUUGAUUGAUUAUUCGGGAAAUUUUUCUUUAUUGGAGAUAGAAAAUCUUGAAGUUUUUCAAUUGGAAUUGCUGGAAAAGGGUUUGGUAAAGGAGAUGAGGGAGGGUUUGAGAUCAAAUGCUCGGCAGAAAGGGGAAAGGGAAAUGCUUGAUUUGAAUAAGGAACCUACUGAAAAUAAAAUGCCCUCUUCUGCCUCGCCUUCUUCUACUGAUUAUUUUUCUGCUCAAGAAGACGGUAGAGAUGUUUAUUCUAGUGUUAAUAUGGAGGUUGCUGACAAUGCUGACGCUGAUGAUGUUGGACAAGGAGAGGGGGGCGAAGGGAAGGAAGAAAACAAUUUGAAAAGCAAUGGUGGUGAAUGUUCUGAGGAUGCUGUGGGGAAGGCUGAGUUUCAUUUUCCUUCGACCAAUGCAGGUUUAGUCACUGAGCAGGUGAGCGAGUCUGAACCUUUGGCAUGUCGUACAAAUGCUGCUGAUAUUGGUGUUGUAAAUGUUGAUGUGAGUGGUGGUGCUAGCAUAAGCGGGGAAGUGGUAGGUAAAAAACGACGAGGGAGAAAAAGAAAGGUGGCGGCGAGUGGACUAUCUGGUGAUGGGGGUGCGGAACUGGAGUCCCUGAAGGUGGAGAGUGCUAAACUUGCAAAAAUUGGGGAGGAUGGGAGUACGCAUGAAGUUUUGGAAGAUGGUAGAGAUGCUGAUAUGGUUGGAGAUGUGGUUGCUGAUCCUAGUACUGGUGAAAGCAGGCAGGAAACUAGCAAGGGCCGCAGAGGAAGGAAAAGGAAGACGAAUCCUAGUGGUGAUGGGGUUAGUGAAGAUGGGGGAAAGAAGGUUGAAAAGUUGGCUGUGGAAGCUAGGCCUCUAAUACUUGGAAGGGUUUUGAGGUCUAGGACAAUAGCUUCAACUGGUAGUGUGAAGCAGGCUCAGGGAGAAGGGAAUGCAGGAGACCAUGAAGGCCAGUUGGAGAUUAUAAAGACAAAGGUUGAAGCUGACGAAAGUGUUCGACCUCCUUGGAGGGGAAGGAAAACUGUGAAGGGCCGUCGUGGAAGACCUCCUAAAGUUCACGGGAAAAGUGGAAACUUGAAGGUGGCUGCCGGCGAGAAAACAAAAGCAGGAUCCGAGAGAAAUUUCAACUUACGGAGAGCCAAAGUUGUCAAGGUAAAAAGGCACAAGGAAAAAGUGAAGUCUGACAUGCCUAAGCUCCAGGAGGAGAAAAGCAAUCACAAAAAUGAAGGCGAAGUGGGACGCAACACAGAAAAACAGCUGCUGAGAAAUCGAAUCAUCAGCAUUCUCAAGGAGGCAGGUUGGACAAUUGAGUAUCGACCAAGAAUGAGCAAAGAGUACUGUGAUGCAGUUUAUGUUGACCAUCAAGGAAGAACUUACUGGUCAGUUACCUUGGCAUAUAAAAAGCUUAAAGUAAUGGUCGAAAAUGGGACUGCAGAUGCCAAGGCCAUAUCUGCUUUUACUCUGAUUCCAGAGGAUGAACUUAGCAAACUGUAUAGAAUUACGAAAGAGAAAGGGAAAAAAUGCAAAAAGCUACCAAAAGUGGGUGGGAGUAAGACUGGAAAGGGGCAUGAUGGCACAGCUCUCUCCAAGUGCAAAGGAAACUCCAAUGCUAACCCACAUCUCGGAGAGAAACCAUCUAGGAAGAAGAAGGUGGAUAUUUCUGAGCAAGGUAACCAAGUGAUAUUCUCAGGAAGGAGAAAGUCAAAAUCAAGAAAGAAAGGAGAAAGAAAGCCUUGUACUCUUUUGGCUCGUUGCCCUGAAAAUGACCAUGAUGCUGAUGGUUUUGAGAUGUACAAGGGGAAACGCACUCUACUUUCGUGGAUGAUUGACUGGGGAACUGUAUCACCAGGGGUCAAGGUGCAGUGCAUGAAUCAUGAAAGAACUGCUUUGCUGCUCGAAGGGAGGAUAACUAGCGAGGGUAUAUCCUGUGAUUGUUGUGGUAAAGUAGUGACUUGUGCAGAUUUUAAGUCUCAUGCUGGUAGCUCACUGGGUCAGGCUUAUGAGAACAUAUUUUUGGAGUCUGGACAUUCACUUCUGCAGUGCAUUAGAGAAUCAUGGAGUAAACAAGAAAAGACUGAUAAUAUAGGAUUCCAUCAAGUAAAUGUUGAUGUUGCUGCUGGUGAUGAUCCCCAUGACGAUACCUGUAACAUAUGUGCAGAUGGUGGUGAAUUGACCUGUUGUGAUGGUUGCUCAUCAACAUUUCAUCAUAGAUGCUUGCAGAUGGAACACGAGCCAGUUGGAUAUUGGCGGUGUGUUUACUGUUCCUGUAAGUUCUGUGGGAUGGCAUUCUCUGCUGAGUUCUGUGAGAAGAUCUCUGAGAAAGCCUCCCUGAGUGAUGAUGCUCCGGGUACUGAGAAUGCUCCUGGUCCAGACGAUGCUCCUUGUACGGAUGAUGCUCCUGGUACAGAUGAUGCUACUGACACGGAGGAGAAUCCUGAUAAGAAAAAAGUUGAUCCUGUUCUGAUUGAUUAUAUGGAUGACUAUGAAAGGUUCAGAUGCUAUUUCUGUGAAGAAAUAUUCCAUACUCAUUGCAGACCGGGAAAGGAUGCUGUAGACAAUCAUGCAGCAGACUUUUCAUUUUGUGGGAGGGGCUGCCAGAAGCUAUAUGAAAAUCUACAGAAGCUUCUUGGUGUGAGACAUGAGUUGGAAGCAGGAUACUCGUGGACCGUUCUUCGUCGUCAAGAUGUUGUUACCGAUGUGGUUGGUAAUGCUGAUUCAUUGGAGGUUCUAUGCAAUUCUAAGUUGGCCAUCGCACUUUCCCUCAUGGACGAGUGUUUCGAACCUAUCAUUGACGAGAGAAGCAACAUUAAUGUGAUUCAGAGUGUGAUAUACAGCUGCGGAUCAAAUUUGAGAAGGCUAAACUUCCAGUGGUUCUAUACUUUCAUUUUAGAGAGGGGAGAUGAACUUGUCUCUGCAGCAGCUGUAAGAGUGCAUGGGAAUCAGGUAGCUGAGAUGCCUUUCAUAGGAACUCGCUUUACUUAUCGACGUCAAGGGAUGUGCCGUCGGCUUCUUACUGCAAUUGAACUGGCUCUCUCCUCUCUUAAUGUGGAGAAGCUGGUCAUUCCUGCUGUAGCUGAAGUUAGAGAAACAUGGACAAAGGCUUUUGGUUUUCUCCCCCUUGAGGAAUCAAAGAGGCAGGAAAUGAAGUAUAUGAGUAUGGUUGCAUUUCCUGGCACAGAUAUGUUGCAGAAGCCUAUUUGCACAGAAGGAAAAACGUCUACUAUGGGUGGAGAAGUUUCCAAACCAACAAUUGAGUUUGUGAAUGGGGCUACCACUCCAUGUAAUCUUGAUGCUUCUACUGCUGACAAGCUUGAAGAGAAUGUUGAGACUGUUGCUGCUGUAGGAUCUGGGGGAUUGAAGCAUAACACCAUUGUUCUUGUUGCAUAGAAUGAAGGCUCUGUUUAGCAGUAAAUUUUUGCAAGUUGGUGACUCAAAAAUGUAAAUAGUAGUGUUAGGGCAAAGAAGUUUUAGUGAUUUUUAUGCAAGAUUGCUUUGCAUCGAACGGAUGUACAUGGGAUUUGCUGAGGUGAUGGAUAUGAAGUUCUCUUUAACUGGUGGCAUCAUUAAAAGAAGCUUAUAAUGAAGGUUUAUGUUUGAUAGGUUUAACCUUGGUGAUCUGGUGGUGUAUAGCUGUAGAAGUUUCAAUCAGAAUGGUUGUAGAGUAGAGCUUUGUGAUAUAUUACAUGCAAAUAGCAGAUGACAGUAUUGCAGCCCUGUUGUUUUGGUUUUGACAGACAGGCUGGAAAUAGUCAAAUGAUUCUCGGAUUACUGGUACUUAGUUGGAGACUAAAAACUCCUGGAUAAUUUCAUAGUCUAAUGGAAAUGGAAUCCCAGACCUAAAGUUUGUCUGGUUCCUUGAAAAGUUGUAACUAAUUUUGCAGUUACAAUAUAUAGUAUGAGAAACUGUAUCUACUCUUAAUUCAAUUGC